UCUUUAAGCUUCUGAACCAUGCUUUAACACAGCUUAACAUCAGUGGCUUUUAACUCACGUUUACUACACUAGGUAAGAUUGUAAGUGCAGGUCAGUUGUAUCAUUGACUGAACAUUGGUAGCCUUCACUAACACCUGUAGUUGAUUCAUAACCGACCAGAUUACAGACUUCAGCCUUCAGUCGACGCCGGGAAUCGGCGGUGUGUGGUUCUUUCAAUUCGUGCGUUGUUUGGAAUAGGCGAGGUUUGGAUGUCGUCUAGAAACGUUGUGUCAAAUCUGUGAAAAGUGUUCCUCUGAUGAUAUUUAUUAAAAGAAUAAAUAAUCAAUGUGGUUUUGACAGAAUAACUCAAACGUUUAAAUAUUCAAGCUUAGACAAUUAAUAUUUUGCUCUAAAAUGACUAAUGAAGCUCAGAUCUCCAACAUCGUCAAUGAUAUUUUAAAAGUCGAAGCUAUCGAGGAAGCGUUCAGCUGCUUUCUCGUUCACCAUCCAGAUAAUGAAACCGAAAAGGUAGCGACAUGGCAGUCAGAACUAACCUCUGCCAUGACCGGUCUAAAUACAGAGCAGCAAGAAAACGGUGUCCGACAAUUUCUUACAAUGGCUGCAGCUCUGACAAAUCAUAGCCGCUUACAGCUUUUAUUAUCUCUGCUCGAAACAUUAGUAACAAAUAAUGUUUUACCUGCGAGAUUAGUAUGCGAGUGUAUCCUGAGUUGCGAUAAACUACAAUACCAACAGGAAGACUUUUGGGUUGAAUCGUUUAAUUUAAUUCGCCGCAUUAUUGGUGGUGUAGAUUAUAAGGGAGUCAGAGAAAUAAUGAAGGGUUGCAGAGAAAAAGCUCAAACUAUACCAGCGAGAUUAAAUGCUUCUGUACAGCCACAGUUGAAGGCGCUAGAGAAUGUUAUAGAAUACAUAUUUGAUAGAAAUGCAUGUUUGCUGCCAGGUUAUUUCAUCGUUAAUGAAAUACAGAAAGCUUAUCCUGAUAAUAAAAACUGGCCACACUGGAAAUUGGCAAAAUUACUCUCAGGUUUUGUUGAGAGUUUCAGAGCAACGGCACAAAUGGUAUCUAUAGUCGGACACUCUAAAAUGUUACCGGUUGUAGAGCACUCUGGAUAUGCUGAUCAUUUAAUAAAUCCAUGGAGGCUCGACCCCACAACUUUAAAAUUUUCUCUCAAAGGGAAUUUACCCUAUGAUCAAGAUCUACUCAAGCCUCAAACUGAACUCCUAAGAUAUGUUUUAGAGCAACCAUAUAGUAGAGAUAUGGUUUGUUCCAUGCUAGGACUUCAGAAGCAGCAUAAGCAAAGAUGCAUUGCGUUAGAGGAACAACUAGUUGAAUUGGUUUUAUUAGCUAUGGAACGUUCCGAGAGCGAUCCCCCACCCACAGAGGGUACAGAUGUUACAGUUGCAAAUCACUGGCUAUGGCUUCACCUUUCAUCCCAGCUCAUUUAUUUUGUUCUUUUUCAAUUUGCUAGCUUCCAAAAUAUCGUUAUGGCGAUACACAACAAGCUAGCUGGUCGUGAAUUACGAAAGGGAAGAGACCACCUGAUGUGGGUUCUUUUGCAAUUUAUAUCCGGAAGCAUUCAGCGCAACCCACUUUCGAAUUUCCUGCCGGUACUUAAACUCUACGAUCUUUUAUAUCCCGAAAAAGAACCAUUGCCGGUACCCGAUUUCAGCCAGGCAUUAUGUACACACCAAAUGGCUAUUACGUGUAUAUGGAUUCACUUAUUAAAAAAAGCUCAAUCCGAACACCUGAAUAUUCAUAGGCCAAUUCCGCACACGCUCAAAGUUCAUCACGAAUUUUUACAGCAUUUGGUCAUGCCUAACACAUCGUUAUGUAUGGGUUUGGAUUAUCGCAUUGCUCUACUGUGCAAUGCUUACUCAACUAAUCAGGAAUAUUUCAGUAGACCUAUGGCUGCCCUCGUCGACACAAUUCUCGGCACGCAAAAGGGACAGCAACAGCAGCCCUUACAACCGUUGCAGAGUAAUGCCGCUUUGGCAAAUGGACCUACCACCCCACUAUCCAUGUCAAUUCUAGAUUCUCUUACCGUACACUCUAAGAUGAGUUUGAUUCACAGUAUCGUCACUCACGUUAUCAAACUGGCUCAGUCUAAAAGCAACAUGGCUUUGGCACCCGCUUUGGUCGAGACUUAUAGCCGAUUAUUAGUUUACACGGAAAUAGAAAGUCUCGGAAUCAAAGGAUUCAUCAGUCAAUUACUACCUACAGUAUUCAAAUCGCAUGCUUGGGGUACGUUGUACACCUUGCUCGAAAUGUUUAGCUACAGAAUGCAUCAUAUUCAACCGCAUUACAGAGUGCAACUUCUCUCGCAUCUCCACAGUCUCGCCGCUGUGCCGCAAACAAAUCAGACGCAACUUCAUCUCUGCGUUGAAAGUACGGCUCUGCGAUUAAUUACCGGUUUAGGAUCUGCGGAGGUACAACCGCAAUUAUCUCGUUUUUUGUCAGAACCCAAAACGCUCGUUUCCGCCGAAUCGGAGGAACUGAAUCGAGCUUUGGUUUUGACGCUCGCGAGAUCAAUGCACGUAACAGGAACUGGAGCAGAUUCGCUCAGCGGGACAUGGUGUAAAGAACUGUUGAAUACGAUCAUGCAAAAUACAUCGCACUCCUGGGCCAAUCAUACUUUGCAAUGUUUUCCACCUGUUUUGAAUGAAUUUUUCCAACAGAACAGUGUUCCUAAAGAGAACAAGCAGCAGAUUAAGAAAGCAGUUGAAGAGGAAUAUAGAAACUGGGCGUCUAUGAGUAAUGAAAAUGAUAUAAUAGCCCAUUUUUCCGUACCCGGUACACCGCCGUUAUUUUUAUGCCUCUUGUGGAAAAUGAUAUUCGAGACGGAUCGAAUAAGUCCGAUCGCAUACAAAAUAUUGGAAAGAAUCGGAGCCCGAGCUUUGUCGGCCCACUUGCGAAAAUUUUGCGAUUAUUUAGUAUUCGAAUUUGCGAACAGCGUAGGAGGUCAACACGUGAACAAGUGCGUUGACACCAUCAACGACAUGAUCUGGAAAUAUAAUAUCGUUACGAUCGACAGGCUGGUUCUUUGUUUGGCACUGCGCACCCAAGAGGGUAGUGAGGCACAAGUUUGCUUUUUCAUCAUCCAAUUGUUACUGCUAAAGGCGGCGGAAUUUCGUACCAGAGUACAAGAAUUCGUUAAAGAUAAUUCUCCUGAACACUGGAAGCAGUCUAACUGGCAUGAAAAGCAUUUAGCGUUCCACCGAAAGUAUCCGGAAAAAUUUGCGCCAGAAGGAAUAAUGGAGCAGACAACUGGUGGUCCGAGUCAAUACCAAAGUCUGCCGGUUUAUUUCGGAAAUGUCUGCCUCCGAUUUUUACCGGUCUUCGACAUAGUCAUUCACAGAUAUCUCGAACUACCGCCAGUCACAAAGAGCUUAGAAAUACUUCUGGAACACUUGGGCUGCCUCUACAAGUUCCACGAUCGACCCGUCACCUAUUUGUACAACACGUUGCAUUACUAUGAAAGAAAAUUACGCGAGAGACCGCCAUUGAAACGUCGAUUAGUAUCCGCUGUACUGGGUUCGUUGCGCGAAAUUCGAGCUCCUGGAUGGGCCUUGUCCGAAGCUUAUCAGUUGUACAUGGCGAGAUCCACGGACGACGCCGUAACUUGGGUACCAGAAUUGGAUUACUACGUUCGCCUGGUUCGUCGAAUCGUCGAGACUAUGUCAGGGACAGCUCAUUUUCCAGCAACCGAUUGGAGAUUUAACGAAUUUCCCAAUCCUGCUGCUCACGCUCUUUACGUAACUUGCGUCGAGCUCAUGGCACUACCUGUAGCACCGAAUCUGGUAGCUAAUUCUCUACUCGACGUCGUUGCCAAAGGGUAUACGGUCGUACCUUCGGAUCAGAUACACCUGUGGAUUAAUUGCGUUGGCUUAUUACUUGCUGCCUUGCCGGAAUGUUACUGGUCCGCACUUCACGAUCGUCUCGUGGAAACAGUCACCAGUCCCGGAUUGGCCAAUUGGCAAUACAAGGAUUUGACGCCAUUCCAGAUAUUCAAUUUUAAUAUAACGCACAACGGACUGCUGGAGAACAAAUACAGCUAUAUGAUCGCGUUGGCUCAUUCCAUUUGGCAUCAUGCUGGCGUAGGACAGAUAACAACCAUGCCUCAAUUUAUCAAAGAAAAAUUGCAACCUGUUGUAAAUAGCGAAGAACAACUGGUUUUUGCAUGCCAUUUAAUAGGACCUACGCUCGCGCGAUUUAACGCGGAGAGACCGCGAUGCGUCGUCGAACUUGCCGUUAGUCUGUACGAAAUGUUGGAACAAGUUGAUCGUACUCAAAGUCAACUGAAAUACAUGGAUCCCAUCUGCGACUUGCUAUAUCACAUAAAAUAUAUGUUCGUCGGGGACAUGAUGAAGAAUGAAGUGGAGUGCAUUAUUCGAAGACUGAGGCCCGCCCUCCAAAUGCGACUUCGUUUUAUCGCCCACCUCAAUAUAGAAGAAAUAAAUUCAUCCUGAGGAAUCGCCCCGACGACUGUACAAGCUCCGGCUUCUAUAGUCGUGGAACAAACUGAAACUGUAACCGCACAAUCAGUCACUCAGGUUCCAACGUCGAGCCAAUCGGAACCCAAUGUUUCUGGGACGACGAAAACGUAAGUCGAACUCACGUCAGCGACUCAAGGUUUGAAUAUUUGAGGUAAUUAAAAAAUGACGAGUCAAUGAUUUUUAUUCCUCAAUCGAUCGUGACGUGUUGUAGAUAUUGAUAUGACCGUUUGCAUCGUUGAAUAUUUUUCAACCGUUGUAAACGAGAUUGUAAAUUAUUACGGUGAUAAUUUUUGUACUUUCCAUCCCACCGUUUUAUGAUAACGUUUUAAGCGGUUUGAGAUGAAACACAUGAGCUUUUCCCGAUUUACUGCUACUUUUUUACCAUCGAAAUAUUUGUAAAUAAUAAACCCUUAGAAAUACAA